GGUGAGAUAAUGGCCCAUGGACGUCUGCUAGCGUUAACACUGUUCUUGGGAGCAGUACUGUUGCUAGCCGCCCAGCUAACUGUUGCUCAUAGCCACUCUCAUGACCAUGGGCAUGCACACGAACACCAUGGUCAUGCACACGACCACCAUGGGCAUGCCCACUCGCACGGGGGCGGAGGUUGCGAUGGUCAUUCCCAUGGCGGUCAGAAACUGCACCAGGGGGCGAGCAAGUGGAGUGCUGAGGCCAACCUGCCCCCAGCAAAGGAGUCGCAUCACGGUCACGCACAUGACCAUGGGCAUGAGCACAAGGAGGAGAGUGGACACGGGCACACCCACGGAGGGGAGAGGGUGAAGAGGGAGGCAGAGGUCGAGAAGAGGGACAUAGUGGAGCUCUGGAUUCAGGUAUGGUCAGUGGAGACCUUGGAGCCAUAAAUGAAGGGACAUGAAUGUGUUAUUGUGGAUAUUUGAUACAUGAUUUUUGUCCAGAUCAUGUGCUACAUUUAGAUGUCCAUUAGUGGUCAUGGCCUACCUUCAAUCAAAUCAUAUGCAAAAUGUAAUAUCUUUGUCUGUCGGUAUACCUCCUGUUCAUUCAAACAACUUCUUGACUUUCCUCCUAAGUCCCUGUGCAAACAUAGGCUACCUAUCCCUGUGCAAACAUAGACUACCUAUCACUUUUCAACAAACAUUUCCCUUUGCCAGUGAGCCUGUUGCUAAGUUUGGUGUAGAGUUCUAUUGACUAACUUGGCUUUGACAACUGGACCAGACAACCUGUCAAUAACCAGUGUACUGUCAAUAACGUUCUGUCGGUUUUGACUGCAGUCGAAAUGCGUCUCUGUUAUAAAGUUGAUUUUUAUUUGCCAUGUUCAACAGGAUUAGGUUUGUUCGACACUAUUUUACCAUUAUUUAAAUGUGCUGGUCAGCACUACUCAGCAGGUCAACUAAUUAGGUACAGUCAAUUGAAAUGAAUUGGACCUGAAUUGGAAUGUAUUUAUUUGGCAUUCAAUUAUUGAAAGGAUUGGAAUCUAAGUACGUUUGUAGACAGGGAAUAUUUGUAAUUUUUUUUUUGUCAUUUAGCAGACGCUCUUAUCCAGAGCGACUUACAGGAGCAAUUAGGGUUAAGUGCCUUGCUCAAGGGCACAUCGACAGAUUUUUCACCUAGUCAGCUCAGGGAUUAGAACCAGCGACCUUUCGGUUACUGGCACAACGCUCUUACCCACUAAGCUACCUGCCGCCCGGCUACCUGCCGGAAUAGCCUUUCCUUAUUUGAUGAAGUCGAUUAGAUUGGUUUGAUACCCUUGGAACUCAACACAGCCAUCCUUAUCAAGUGUGAUAUUAUUUUACCACACACACAAGCACGCAUGCUCACACACUUUUACAAAUAGCCUCUUAUGACCUCUGUCUGUUUUUUCUCUCCUAUUCUUACCGUUAGGCCAUCGGUGCCACUCUGCUGAUCAGUGCAGCUCCCUUCCUCAUCCUCUUCCUGAUCCCGGUCCAGUCCAAUACAGACCAGCACCAGAACCUCCUGAAGGUGCUGCUAAGCUUCGCCUCUGGUGGCCUGCUGGGAGACGCCUUCCUGCACCUCAUCCCUCACGCCCUGGGUUAGAGACAGUAUCACACAAUUACUUGAAGUGAAGGGAGGGCAUGCCACACCUUUUCCCCUAAACUAUUGUUGUUACGGUAGAUUUCUUAAUUAAGUGAAAAUAAUUGAUUGCCUAACUAGUUUAUUGAAUGUUUUUGGUUAUGAUUCUGGGAUUUCAUCUUUGCACAGAAUAAUCAGUGAAGAAAGUGUUACCUCUAAAAUGAGCAAAAAAAAACAUAUGUAUUGGUUUGUAGUUAAAAUGAUGUUGUCAUGCCUGUCUGAUAUCCAUUGUCUGUUUCUUUAUUUUUUUAUUUCUCAUUAUCUCUCUCAUUCUCUCUCUUGCUUGUUUUCACAGAGCCUCACUCUCACCAUGGAGACGAGGGACAUGGCCACUCACAUGACAGUGAAGAAUCACAGGAUCAUGGCCACUCACAUGGUAUAUCUCCAUCAUGAUCUCUACAUUUACAAUCACCAUCAUACUAUCCAGCUUAUCCAUUAUAUACCAGUAUUUUCAAUGCUUUAAGAAAUCUAACAUUCAAAUUAAAAAUGGCAAUGACUCAAUCUCGUCUACUGCCCCCAUUUUGGCAAACAGCAUGUCCCUGACGGUGCUCUUUAUCACACCUGUAGGUGCCGCCCAUGGUCACAUGAUGUCAGUAGGGCUGUGGGUCCUCGGUGGAAUUGUGGCCUUCCUGGUGGUGGAGAAAUUUGUUCGCCUCCUGAAGGAAGGACAUGGACAUGGACACUCCCACUCUCACGGUAGGUCUUCAAUUUUAAUUUGAGUUUGUAGUGCGGGGAAAAACAGAAGGCCAAUUUUAAUUGCCUUGAAAUGAUCCCUCUGUAUGCAAUGCAUUUUUUUGCCUGUUGACCACUUACAGUGCGUUCGGAAAGUAUUCAGACCCCUUGACUUUUUCCACAUGUUGUUACGUUACAGCCUUAUUCUAAAAUUGAUUAAAUUGUUUUUCCCCCUCAUCAAUCUAGACACAAUACCCCAUAAUGACAAAGCAAUACCCCAUAAUGAGACCCCCCCCCCCCCCCGGAAAUAUCACAUUUACAUAAAUAUUCAGACCCUUUACUCAGUACUUUGUUGAAGCACCUUUUGCAGCGAUUACAGCCUCGAGUCUUCUUGGGUAUGACGCUACAAGCUUGCCACACCUGUAUUUGGGGAGUUUCUCCCAUUCUUCUCUGCAGAUCGUCUCUAGCUCUGUCAGGUUGGAUGGGGAGCGUCAGUGCACAGCUAUUUUCAGGUCUCUCUUCAGAGAUGUUAGAUUGGGUUCAAGUCUGAGCUCUGGCUGGGCCACUCAAGGACAUUCAGGGACCUGUCCCGAAGCCACUCCUGCAUUGUCUUGGCUGUGUGCUUAGGGUUGUUGUCCUGUUGGAAGGUGAACCUUCGCCCCAGUCUGAGGUCCUGAGCGUUCUGGAGCAGGUUUUCAUCAAAGAGCUCUCUGUACUUUGCUCCGUUCAUCUUUCCUUUGGUCCUGACUAGUCAGUCUCCCAGUCCCCGCCGCUGAAAAACAUCCCCACAGCAUGAUGCUGCCACCACCGUGCUUCACCGUAGGGAUGGUGCCAGGUUUCCUCCAGACGUGACGCUUGGCAUUCAGGCCAAAGAGUUCAAUCUUGGUUUCAUCAGACCAGAGAAUCUUGUUUCUCAUGGUCUGAGAGUCUUUAGGUGCCUUUUGGCAAACUCCAAGCAGGCUGUAAUGUGCCUUUUACUGAGGAGUGGCUUCCGUCUGGCCACUCUACCAUAAAGGCCUGAUUGGUGGAGUGCUGCAGAGAUGGUUGUCUUUCUGGAAGGUUCUCCAAUCUCCACAAAGGAACUCUGGAGCUCUGUCAGAGUGACCAUUGGGUUCUUGGUCACCUCCCUGACCGAGGCCCUUCUCCCCCGAUUGUUUAGUUUGGCCGGGUUGCCAGUUCUAGGAAGAGUCUUGGUGGUUCCAAACUUCUUCCAUUUAAGAAUGAUUGAGGCCACUGUGUUCUUGGGAACCUUCAAUGCUGCAGAAAGAUAUGUGCCUCGACACAAUCCUAUUACGGAGCUCUAUGGAAAAUUCCUUCAACCUCAUGGCUUGGUUUCUGCUCUGACAUGCACUGUCAACUGUGGGACCUUAAAUAGACAGGUGUGUGCCUUUCCAAAUCAUGUCCAAUCAAUUGAAUUUACCACAGGUGGACUCCAAGUUUUAGAAACAUUUCAAGGAUGUUCAAUGGAAACAGGAUGCACCUGAGCAAAAUUAAAUGUCUCAUUGCGAAGGGUCUGAAUACUUAUGUAAAUAAGCUAUUUCUGAUUUUUAUUAUUAAUAAUAAUAAAUAAAUAAAAAUGAUAACCUGUAUUCACUUUGUCAUUAUGGGGUAUUUUUUGUAGAUUGAUGAGGAAAAUUGUUUAAUUUAAUACAUUUUAGAAUAAGGCUGUAACGUAACAAAAUGUGGGAAAAGUCAAGGGGUCUGAAUACUUUCCGAAUGCACUGUAUGUAUGCAUUGCAUGUGGUCCCGUGUAGCUCAGUUGGUAGAGCAUGGCGCUUGCAACGCCAGGGUUGUGGGUUCGAUUCCCACGGGGGGCCAGUAUGAAAAAAUGUAUGCACUAACUGUAAGUCGCUCUGGAUAAGAGCGUCUGCUAAAUGACUAAAAUGUAAAAUGUAUUGUUAUGGAAUAGGUUGGGUAGUUAAAUUGACAUUUUUGUCAUUUAGCAGAUGCUCUUAUCCAGAGGGAUUUACAGGACCAAUUAGGGUUGUGCCAUGCUCAAGGGCAUGUCAACAGAUUUUUGACCUAGUCUGCUCAGGGAUUAGAACCAUCGCUGGUUCUAAUCCCUGAGCAGACUAGGUCAAAAAUCUGUUGGUUACUGACCCAACGCUCUUAGUUUAGGGCUUAGGAGCAUAAUUACACUACACUACAACUUCCACACUCCAUCCCCAGGGGGCAGCAGUUGGUUGGUCAGAUGCUCUGCCAAAAAGUAUUGUGAAGCCUUGAUAAGCACACAGGUGUGAGCAAUUAGGAUCUGCAAUCAGUGAGAUGUUUUUUUGUUGUCAUCUUUAGUUUUGGUGCAGGCCUUUUCGUACUUUCGUUUUUGUAUAUAUUUAUUUUGUCACUGAACAAAUGAUAAUCUCCUUGGGCUGGCCGACUCAGGUGUCAGGAUUGAGCAGGCCCUGGAACCAGGUAAAGUGGCUGUCUCUUGGGCACAUGCAUGCAACAUGGUCCACAUACUCUGUCCUCUCUCAUAAAUUCACACCGUAAAACAGGUUACAGACCAUUUAGACCCCUAGACCUAGCGAAUGUAGCCAAAUCAUUAGGCUAGCUAGCUGGGUUUGUAACACGAUCUCUGGGUCCAUUUAUGAGAUUUUCCUCUUGUCGAGAGUGACUGUAUGGUUGGGUGAUUUGAUGCUACUCUUCUACUUUUGGUAUGAGGCAGUAUCAGUACACCAAAGAGUUGUGCACAACAUUCUUAUUUUUUAGCCUAUUUUCUGGUCUCCUAUUUUCAGCUGCUCCUAAGGAAAAGGACAGUGACAGGGAGGAAGAAAAGGAGGAGGGUGAGAAAGAUGAGAAGACUCCAAAAGAAGUGGAGGAGAAAACUAGAGGUAAGAGUUGACUAAUUGCCACUUAAUUUCUUAGUGGGCAGUUUGCCUUUACUGAAAUGGCUGUUUUUAAAAAUCUCUAAACCAAUUUAGCUCCAAGGGAAUAUUCACUUUAUACCAGCCUCCCAUCAAGCCUGUUUCUCUGUUAUUGCAUGUAAGUGUUGCAAUUAUUGUCCUUCUCCCUUCUCAAUAUUAAAGCAGGGCAAACCCGUUUUGGUGAGUUCUGGUACAUCAAAAUAAAUCAAACACGUUUUUGGACUCAUUCAGCAGUUUUUACCUGAUUUAUAUACAAUACCAUUGGAAAUGUAUGUUGAAUGUUCAAUAUAUAUUCCUAAAAAUGUAAGUUGAAAAUUAAGCUGUCGCUGUUUCCUGUUGACAAGACAUUUUGAUAAAUAUCCCAAUGUGAAAACAGUUUUAAUGUGUCCAAAUCAAUAACCAAUAUGCAGAAACAGUUCCUGAUAUAUUGUAAACCUAAACAUAAAAUGUACUAUCUACACAUACAUGUGCAAGAAUAGUAAUCAGAUUACUUGUAUUUUUUUUUAAACAAGCACCUUAUAAACUGCACACACACCAAAUCGAUAGAUCACUCAUAUCUAUUGUUGAAACUACCACAACUCAAAAACCACAUGAAGACUGGAGAUAUUUUUUCAUCACUGGUUAGAGGACAACCUGCAGAAGGAAUUUUCGUAUUUUGAUACGGGGGUCACCAACAGAAAUAGAAACGCAGCGCUGUUUUGUCAAUCACUCAUGUAUCGAUUAUCACGUUGAAAUCAAUUCCGCGUGAAGGGGGAGAAGAGGUUGCACAUCCUCUUUUAAAAGUAGCAAACUGUGGGGCGCGGGGUCGGCAGGGGAGGCGCCCCACAGGAACUCAGUCCGGCUUUAAACUUACUCUUGAAAGUUGUAAUAGUAGAAUGCGCAAGGUGCAAUUUCGAAAUUGGGUAGCGCAUCGUAAAUUGUCAUGUUAGUCAUUGCAUACUUUAGAGAGCUAUUUAUAGCUAGUCAGAAAUGUCCAGAUCAACUAGCCCAUGUCAGCUGUUUUUUUUAUUUAGUUUUUUAUAGCCCAUAGAUAUUGUUGUAAUUUGUCACUCAAAUAUCACAUUAAACAUGGCAAAAUGUAUAGAAUUGCAAGAAACUUUGCUUUAAAACUGCAACAUUUUCUUUGCACCCCAAGACAAAAUGUGUAGAUUUGCAGGGAAUAAGCUUUAAACCUGCAAAAUUAUCUCCACCAACAAGAGGGGUGUGAACAGUUUGUGUCAUGAACAGUGCUUGUGCCCAUAGAAAUAGACGUGGCAUGUGCACGCGCAUGCAGGGGGGGGGGGGGGCGCGGGACGUUCCCCAAUGCGCGGGACGUUCCCCAAUGCGCGGGAUGUUCCCCAAUACAUAUAUUUCUUCGUACUUUAAACAUGGAGAGAGUUAACAAAUGCGUCUAAGCACUGUUUAACCAGGUGCUCUAGACUAAAGUUCUUAGGGUCUGUGCAGCAGGCUGAACGUUUGACGUCCCUAUCAAUAUAGAUAUCAAGGUAUCGGGCUACCUGAACCUGGCUGCUGACUUCACACACAAUUUCACUGACGGGCUGGCCAUCGGAGCAUCGUUCCUGGUGGGCCCAGCAGUAGGCACAGUCACCACUCUCACCAUCCUACUGCACGAGGUGCCCCACGAGAUUGGCGACUUUGCCAUCCUGGUCCAGUCUGGCUGCACCAAGAAGAAGGUAAUGCACAAGCUUCAGCUUUUCAUAACAAUUGAUGUUACACAUACUGAUGUCACACAGGAAAUGAAAAUGUGCUUGAAUGUGUACUGAAACAUGCUUGGUACAAGUUGUCUGUCAUGACUACAACACAACGCCUAUUCACACAUGGUGGCAGCCGUAGGAUUAGUCGGUCUUUUCUGUUUGAACAGCCUGUAUGAGAGAGUCUCUGUAGGUAGAGAUGUCCAUUGACAACUUCCUCUUUCCCAUCAGGCCAUGUGUCUACAGCUGCUGACAGCUUUGGGGGCUCUUGCCGGCACAGCCUGCUCCCUAUUGGCUGAGGGGGUGGGCGCGGCUGCCACAGCCUGGAUCUUGCCAUUCACCGCGGGUGGCUUUGUGUACAUCGCCACGGUGACGGUCCUGCCUGAGCUGCUGGUUGGGCGCUCCAGUCUGGGCCAAUCGGUGAUGGAGAUCCUGGCGAUGCUGGUUGGAAUUUACAUGAUGGUGCUAAUCGCCGAGUACGAGUGAGACAUCGAGCCAUCAAUAAGAGGGUGGUAGUGAUUUGAGGAAGGAGAGGGAGGUAUUUGGAGAGGGGAGGAGGAGAGACUGAACCAGAGAGAUGGAUUUUGAUGAUUGUUAUGAUUGGAAGGAAACAGUCUGAUAAAGAGCUGAGAAGUGACCGACAGAACUUUCACAGAACUGGACUAUUUGUUCCAAAGAGGACCUGAAUAGGGAGUAGCAUUUCAACACCAACCAACUGGAGGAUGAUGACCAAGAAGAUCUGAACUGUACAAAGUCCUCAUCAGCAGGACUGUCACCAUGUCUAAGUCAGAUAGGUCAUCAAACUGAGACUUAGGCAAGCAAGGCAGAUGACUCGGGAGUUGUAAUCCAUUCCCUUUUUGGUAACAAAAAGGCAACCCAAAACAAUAGACGUUUAAGUUGCUGUUUACUAUUGAAUCUGUCCAUUAGUUA